CUUUUUUUUUUUUAAAAGAUUUAUUUAUUUAUUUAUACAGAUUGAUUGAUUGAUUGAUUGAUUGAUUAAUUGAUACAAGCACUGGGUACAGUCAGAAGCGCGGGAGGGUGAGAGAGAAUUCACCAGAGCCAGAGCGGGGAGCAGAGCAGGCAGAAGGACUGAAGUACACUGCUGAGGGGAGCAGCGGGCGGCAGGAGAGGUCUGCGCGCCAUGCGGGACCCUCCUCCGGUGUCCGGGGAGCAGCCGGGGAUCGAACUGGUGCUGCAGAGGCUGCGGGAAGCUUCGCAACCCAACGCUCAACCGCUGCGCCACCGGGGAGGCCCUUAAGCCGUUUUCUCUUAAAAUGUUUUCUCUUAAUCAAUAUCUCAGUUGUUGAUAGUCCUUAAUAUUUAUUAAAUUAUUAAAAUUCUAUCCUGGGUGUCAAGCGGGCGCUAUGCUAGUCUCUGUAAAUAAGAGAUUCUUUUUGGGUGCUUGACAGCCUGUUGGCUCACAUGUAAAUGAAUGAUUCCGUAAAACUGCCCCGCUGAGGUCUGGUGGUCCAGAACUGCAUGCCUUUGAGUUCCUGGAAGAGCCUACUGCGCCUUGGAUUUCUUGGUGUAGAGCUUCUGCCCCACCUGGACAGACACAACUCCAACUUGCUGUUUCUUCUCUUAAAUGCCAUCCCCUACCCCCAUAAGGCCAAGUCAAUAGCUUCGAUUGGGAGAGAUACCCUAAGCUGUGGGUAAAUCUAUCCCUUUCUUCCGCGUAAUAGGUUGCUCUCACACACCAGUGACGUUACUGUCCCAGGAAAGCGGCCGCCUUUGGAUGUAUUUUUCAUGAGACUGUAAAUAGAGUUUGUACUGAAUUGCCCCCCGCCCCACCAUCUUUGAUUUGGUGCAUGCUUUCAUGAGCUAGAUGGUCAUUAGCAGGGUCUCCUUUUCUUCCUCACCUGUCGAAUUGAGGAUGGAUGGAUGGAUGGAUGGAUAAAUAUGGGAGCUUAUACUCUCAUGCUAUGGAUCCCUUGGAGGCCCUGGCCUGCUGUGAUAUGAAGAAUUCUCCAAUGUUUUUCUGCAGAGUUAGUGCUAAAAGGGCCCCAAGUGGAAAAGCCUACUACUCCCUGAAAGUAAAGUCUUCAUCUACCAUAGUUCACUUUUCUUUUUCCUGUAAAAUGCACAGCCCAUGAACCAUUGGGUGGCUAAAGUUAAGCUAGAACCCAGGAGCUUUUCUAAAAGAGAAAAUCCCAGGCAAGACUGGGGAAAAUAGGUCACAGUGACUGGGCAAUGAGGUCACAGAGAGGUCUGUCAGCCCCAGACUCCAUAGGGGAGGGGCCUAGGAGACAGAGGGGCCCCAGAGGUCCCCCAAGCCCCUGGCAGGGGCAUGGUGUGGGCAAGGGAGCGGGGACGGGGGCCAGGGAGCUGAGUACCGGGGGCCAAGAGGCCCGGAGAGAUGAGGGCAAGAGCAGGGAGGGGGCAGCCAGGAUGGUGCGGAGAAGCCGGAGACAGAAGCUGCAAAAAUUCACCGGGCUGUGCAGACGGGAGGAGGGUCUCAGGGUGAAGCGGAGCUGCCCUUCAUGUGGCCCAGAGCCUGGGGGUGAAGAGAAGAAGGGGAGAGGGAACCCUAUUUCUGUUCAGUUGUUCCCCCCAGAGCUGGUGGAGCAUAUCAUCUCAUUCCUCCCAGUCCGGGAUGUAGUCGCUCUAGGCCAGACCUGCCACUACUUCCACGAAGUGUGCGAUGCUGAGGGCGUGUGGAGACGUAUCUGUCGCAGGCUCAGUCCCCGCUUACGAGAGCAGGGUUCUGGGGUCCGACCCUGGAAGAGAGCUGCCAUUCUUAACUACACAAAAGGCCUGUAUUUCCAGGCAUUUGGGGGCCGCCGCCGCUGCCUCAGCAAGAGUGUAGCCCCCCUGCUAGCCCAUGGUUACCGCCGUUUCUUGCCUACCAAGGACCACGUCUUUAUUCUCGACUACUCAGGGACCCUCUUCUUCCUCAAAAAUGCCCUGGUCUCCUCCACGCUUGGCCAGAUCCAGUGGAAGCGUGCCUGCCGCUAUGUUGUGUUGUGUCGCGGAGCCAAAGAUUUUGCCUCAGAUCCAAGAUGUGACACAGUUUACCGUAAAUACCUCUAUGUUUUGGCCACUCGGGAGCAGCCCGGAGUGGUCGGCACAACCGGCAGCCGGGCCUGUGACUGUGUAGAGGUCUAUCUGCAGUCCAGUGGGCAGCGGGUCUUCAAGAUGACCUUCCACCACUCCAUGAGCUUCAAACAGAUUGUGCUGGUUGGUCAGGAGACCCAGCGUGCUCUACUGCUCCUCACAGAGGAAGGCAAGAUCUACUCUCUGGUAGUGAAUGAGACCCAGCUGGACCAGCCACGCUCCUACACGGUUCAGCUGGCUCUGAGGAAGGUGUCCCGUUGCCUGCCUCACCUGCGCGUGGUCUGCAUGGCUUCCAACCAGAGCAGUACUUUGUACAUCACGGCCUUUGACCCCCUGGACCAGCAGAUGCCGCUUGCUCUCUCACUGCCUGCCAAGAUCCUAUUCUGUGCUCUUGGCUACAAUCACCUUGGCCUGGUGGAUGAAUUUGGCCGAAUCUUUAUGCAGGGAAAUAACAGAUAUGGGCAGCUGGGGACAGGGGACAAAAUGGACCGAGGAGAACCCACACAGGUACAUUAUCUGCAACGCCCCAUUGCCCUAUGGUGUGGCCUCAACCACUCCCUGGUGCUGAGCCAGGGCUCGGACUUCAGCAAGGAGCUGCUGGGCUGCGGUUGUGGGGCCGGAGGACGCCUCCCUGGCUGGCCUAAGGGGAGUGCUUCUUUUGUCAAGCUCCAUGUCAAGGUCCCUUUGUGUGCCUGCUCCCUCUGCUCCACCAGAGAGUGCCUCUACAUGCUGUCCAGCCACGACAUCGAGCACCAUCCCGCCUAUCGGGACCUACCAGCCAGCAGGGUGGUGGGGACUCCCGAGCCCAGCCCAGGGGCUGGAGCACCCCAGGACCCUGGGGGGGCAGCCUGGGCCUGUGAGGAAUACCUCAGCCAGAUCCACAGUUGCCCCACAUUGCAGGACCGCAUGGAAAAGAUGAAGGAGAUCGUGGGCUGGAUGCCCCUGAUGGCUGCACAGAAGGAUUUCUUCUGGGAGGCCCUGGACAUGCUACAGAGGGCUGCUGGAGGAGUUGGCCCAGGCCCCCCAACUCCUGAGAGCAGACCCCCUCCCUUAGCCUCACCCUAGAGGGAGAGUCUGGCGAUAGCCAGGGGCUAAGGAGAAAUGAAGUGGCAGCCAUGAACACUGUGUAGGGGGGGAGGGGGGAGGGGCUCAGGGGGGUAGGAACUGCUAGACAUGCCAGGGUAGGGCAGGGAACUGUUUUGUAAAAUGUCAGGGGGCUGCCCAGGAGGGACCCCCAACCUGACUAUCAUGGACAAGAGAUUUGAUGGACAAAUAGAAUAAAAGGCUGAAAUGAG